UGGACUGUAUUUAUGCAAGAUGGCAGCGCAUGCAGCAAGACGUGGGCUUCAAUUUCUGGUCAAGGGCAUUCUUCCAGCAGCCCCUAGAAGCAUCAAAACACUGAACAGAACUGCGGCUCUAACUGGAAGUUCAAAAUUUUCUUCAGCAGGCCUGCUAACUAGUGCAUAUUGCCACCACAGCACCAUGAGCAAAGCCUUCGUCCAACAAGCUGCACCUCAUUUCCAAGGCACUGCCGUCACGACUAAUGGUGAUUUUAAGGAUAUAAAACUUUCAGAUUAUAAAGGGAAAUACCUUGUUUUCUUCUUCUAUCCACUUGACUUCACAUUUGUUUGCCCAACUGAAAUCAUUGCCUUCAGUGAUAGAGCAGAUGAAUUCCGUGUAAUUAACUGUGAAGUCUUAGCUUGUUCAGUAGACUCACACUUCUCUCAUUUGGCAUGGACAAGCCAAGAUAGAAAGAAAGGUGGUCUUGGCAAAAUGAAAAUUCCAAUCUUGUCUGACAUCAAAAAGGAGAUUUCUAGAGAUUAUGGUGUUCUAUUAGAAGAUCAGGGUAUCUCUCUCAGAGGUUUGUUUAUCAUCGACGACAAGGGAAUUUUACGACAGAUAACUGUAAAUGAUUUGCCAGUUGGAAGAUCUGUUGACGAAACGCUCAGAUUAGUGCAGGCGUUCCAAUUUACUGACAAACAUGGUGAGGUUUGCCCUGCUGGCUGGAAGCCCGGUUCCGACACGAUUAAACCUGAUGUCCAGAAAAGCCAGGAGUUUUUCUCGAAGCAAUAAAGAUCUUAUAGCAACUCUAUCAAAGACUGAUUAUGCUGAGGUAGCUUAGCUGUUUUAAUUGCGCCAGGGUGAGAAUCUGUUUCUUUGUGAAUUGUGCUUUUGUUUUAAUUCAUGAACUGUAUUCCUUAUAAGCAGACUUUCUGAACUACAGAGACUGAAUUGCUGGAUAAAUGCCUGUAUCAUAACAGA